ACAGGUCGCGAAGUGGGAAGGAGGAGACAAGAUGGCGGCGAAAGGCGGCGGCGGUAGCGGAGGAGGCGGCGGCGGCGCGAGUAGGAAUGGGAUAUUGGACAAGUGGAAGAUCGAUGAUAAGCCUGUGAAAGUGGACAAGUGGGAUGGGUCAGCGGUGAAGAAUUCUUUGGAUGAUUCUGCCAAAAAGGUUCUCCUGGAAAAGUAUAAGUACGUGGAGAACUUCUGCCUGAUAGACGGUCGCCUCAUCAUUUGCACCAUCUCCUGCCUGUUUGCCAUAGUGGCUUUAAUAUGGGAUUACCUUCACCCCUUCCCCGAAUCGAAGCCCGUCCUCGCGGUCUGUGUCAUAUCAUAUUUCGUGAUGAUGGGCAUUCUCACCAUCUAUACCUCAUAUAAGGAGAAGAGCAUCUUCCUGGUAGCACAUAGGAAAGAUCCGGCGGGGAUGGAUCCCGAUGACAUCUGGCAGCUGUCCUCAAGCCUGAAGAGGUUCGACGAUAAAUAUACCCUGAAGAUGACAUUCAUCAGUGGCAGAACCAAGCAGCAGAGGGAGGCAGAGUUCACCAGGUCCAUCGCCAAAUUCUUAGAUUGCAACGGCACCUUAGUUAUGGAGGCCUUUGAGCCGGAAGUCUCCAAGCUUCACGACAGCCUGCUUUCGGAAAGGAAGACCAAGUAGGCCGUACCCAAGUCUCUGCCUUCCUGCUGGGCGCGGGCUGAGUUUAAGCCAAUAAAGCAAAAUAGCAACGAAUGUUAGCCUCUGUUUUUGUCCUGAACCCCUCCAUCAGCUCUUUUCCCUUUCCCCUCCCUCUAGAAAAACAGGAGCAAGAGUUUUGCCUGUUUUGCCUUGCUAUGGGUCUAAAUGUCUUACCUGACUUGUUCCCAUAGAGUUGCCAAGGACUUUGGGGACAGAGAGGUGCCGCUCGAUCUUGUAUAUGAUUUCUUGAAAAAUGCUGUGUUUUUAAGAGACCUCUGUAGGGUUCAGCACAUAGACAUGGCUGAUGUGGGGGGAGGGGAAUGUUACUUUUUACAUUCGGAAUUCGGGGCAACCGUGUUCCCAAUCCAGUUCUCUUUGCCAGCAAGUUUUCUUUAUUUUUAUAUUUAUCAGGAAAGGGAGAGAGUUUUUUUAAAUAGAAAAUGUUUUAUUUGGGGAGGGAUUGGGGGUGAGAGAAGUAAGCUGUCUAGAAAGAAAGAUAAGUUUCCAGGGUGAAGGUAGCUUGCCAAGCUUUGAAGAAAGAGGGUCAUUUAAAAUUCGCUCCACCUGUGUGUUGUCUCAUAUGGUGCAUUUUUUUUCCAUGCUGAAAUAUCUGUUCCUUCUAUCCCUUGUAUAACUGCCAUUUUCUAAAAUGAUAUUUUUUUUCCAAUAAAAGGAAAACUACUGUGAAAAGA